UUUUUUCAGUGUUGUUUCUUGGGUACCAUUCUUCAGAUGAGGUAGAUGUUCAUUUCGGCGGAUGAUUACCAUGGAACACGUAGGACGUUUACUUUAUCUGUUAUUCUGUGUUCUCAUUUUUCAUCCUCUGUUCAGCAUGGCUGACACAGCUGAAAAUGGAACUUGUCCUUGUGAUUGUGAGUACAUGGACAAAAUUGACUACUGGAAUAAUAAAAGUAACGAAUAUGCUAACAAGACAUUGGUCGAAAUAUACCAAGCAUUACUUCCACAGCUGGAGGCGACCAAGAAAGCCCUCCAGGAGGAUAAGACUCAGCUAUCGUCCUACCAGGCCACCAAGACCAGCGCAGUGGACACUCGGCCAUCAGCCACCCAGGUCGGGGGGACAGUUGGGAUCGUCUUUGUUUGUAUGUUCGUCGGUCUUGUUCUGGCGUUUGAUUUGUCAUCCUACAAGCGACAUCUCAGAACAAUCCAAUAUUGUCGUAAAAGAUUUUGACGUCAUCUGAGGACAAUUAUCUAGUAUUGUGGUGGAAGUGUGACGUUAUCAAUGAAAAAUUCAAUUUUUUUUAUCAAAAUGUGAUAUUAGUGCUGUAUCUGGAACAAUGUGAAAAGCUAUGGAAACAAAUUGAAAAAUCAUAAUUUUCAAAAACUUACUGUAUUUUAUAAACUCACUAAGGUUUUUUUUUUAUUUUAAAAAUUCAAAGAUGAUUCAUUUGUAUGGAAAUGUAUGCUUUUGAUUUCAUUUGUUGCUCUUAAGGGGUUUUCUUCAAAUAGUGUUGUUCUAAUGAUUUUCUCCCCUGCAUUUAAUUUAAAUGCUAAAAGUUAAGAACGAAAGAAGUUAAUUUGCCUUUGUGUAUUAUCUCUAGAGAGCAAUUUCAAUCUUGUCCUCUUCAGAAAUUAUAACUAACCCCUGUUUACCCGACGCCUGAUUUAUACUGCCACUGGUUUUACCAUGAGCUUUUGUUUACACUGUAAUUUACUCUUUUUGUAAAUUAAAAGCGUUGAUAGUCGGAGCAAUCGUUGUGCAGAUUUUCAAUUUCGAACUUCAGAGAUAAAAACCCCUAAUAUAAUUGAUAUUCGAUACUAGUAUGGGUCUUUAACAGGAAAAUCUCAAUUAUCGACAGCUGGCACUGUAUGCUUAUGUAUGUGCGGCGCGAAAUUGAUCCACAUCUCUUUUUUUUUUCAAUAAAACAAAUACAUGACAUAUACGUUUUAUCUUAUCGACAGUAAAACCUGCUUAUUACGAAUUUCAGGGGACAUAGAUACAUGUAUUAUAGUCCCUUAUACAGAGGUUCCUUGUUUCCGUACUAAGAAGUUUUUAAUGUAUGUACAUUAAAGGAUAUUGUAAAGAAAUGUACUUGAAUGAUUGAGAGUAUAUUUGAGUGUAAA